AUGUUUCUUUCUUUAUUUCUUUUUUAUUUUUCUUUCUUUCUUCUUUAUUUCUUUUUUAUUUUUCUUUCUUUCUUCUUUAUUUCUUUUUUUUUUUUUUUCUUUUUCUUUCUUUCUUUCUUUUUAUUUCUUUUUUAUGUUUCUUUUCUUUCUUCUUUAUUUCUUUUUUAUGUUUCCUUUCUUUCUUCUUUAUUUCUUUUUUAUGUUUCCUUUCUUUCUUCUUUCUUUUUUAUGUUUCCUUUCUUUCUUCUUUCUUUCUUUUUUAUUUUUCUUUCUUUCUUUUUUUUUUAUUUUUCUUUCUUUCUUCUUUAUUUCUUUUUUAUUUUUCUUUCUUUCUUCUUUAUUUCUUUUUUAUUUUUCUUUCUUUCUUCUUUAUUUCUUUUUUAUUUUUCUUUCUUUUUUAUUUUUUCUUCUUUUUUAUUUUCUUCUUUCUUUCUUUUUUAUUUUUCUUUCUUUUUCUUUCUUUCUUUUUUAUUUUUCUUUUUUUAUUUUUCUUUCUUUUUCUUUCUUUUUUUUCUCUUCCUUUCUUUCUUUCAAAUCAAGUAG